CUUUUCUGCUUUUUCGUCUCUUUUUUUUCCCUCCAUUUACGUCUGCGAUGCCGACACUCCGCUGUGUCGAAGGCCAUGAUUACAACUUCUGUGUUCAGGAGUUGUAAUGGCGAUGGUGGUGUUGGAGCUUUUCGGCAACAAGUUUCGAUUAGUAGGUCCUCUGACCUAGGAUCGACUCUCAAUCGUCUGAGCAAGUGGCUUGUAUCUGUACUAUUUGUUGCUGUCCUUCUUUGGAGACAUGACGUCGAAGCCUUAGUGGCUGCUAUGGGGUUUGUCAUCAAUGCUUUGCUAUCAAAGACUCUCAAAAGAGUCCUAAACCACAAACGACCUGUUUCUGCACUGAGAUCUGACCCUGGGAUGCCAUCCUCACAUGCACAAUCCAUCUUCUUCAUUGUUGUGUUUGUUAUUGUAUCAAUUGUGGAGUGGCUAGGCACGAAUGAAAUUGGACUUAUCAUCAGUUGGCUUGUCUUGACAUUUGGUUCUUAUCUUACAUGGCUACGGGUCUCACAACAACUUCAUACAGUCAGCCAAGUUGUCGUGGGUGGAACCUUGGGGUCCAUUUUCUCUAUUUUGUGGCUUUGGUCAUGGAAUACUAUUGUUCUGAAAUUACUCAUGUCCUCUUUGUGGGUUCAAAUUGUGGUUCUUUUUGCUGCUGCUGGACAUUGCUUAGUCUUUGUUUUAUUUAUAAUUCGUCAUUGGCUUUGCAAACGAAUGUGGAACCUCAUUAAUAGAUUGAAAAAUAUGUAAAACUGCUAAGUUUUUGGGAUCCUCUUAGAGUCAGAGAUGCAAUGUGGAUUAUCAUAAGUUUACUUGGUUA